AAAGAUGUCUUCUUCUUCUGCAACUCCGUCGACAGCAAACCCUAACCCUAAGAUGUCAAAGAAUGCGUAUCACAUCGGAGGCAUUCAAGUGGAGUUUCCGUACCGGCCGUACGGGACGCAGUUGGCGUUCAUGGGGAGGGUCAUCGCGACCCUAGAUCGGGCAAAGAGGGACGGCCACUGCCACGCGCUUCUCGAGUCUCCCACCGGAACCGGCAAAACGCUUUCGCUCCUUUGCUCCACCAUCGCUUGGCAGCAACAUUGUGGGUCCAAGGCGGCUCAGUCCCAGUCGAAGCCCGACCCCAAGGCCAUGACCGAUCCUCUCGAUCAUGGCGGCGGAUUUGUUCCUGAAGACGAACCUUCAGGUAUGCUGGCACCAGAAGGUCCUGGAUCAGCCCAAACCAUGUUAAAUAAUAAGACUAAGAAGGCAAAGGCAACACCUACCAUAUAUUAUGCAACGAGGACACAUUCACAAAUCUCUCAAGUGAUUCGCGAAUAUCGAAAGACUGGAUACCGGGUAGCAAUGUCUGUUUUGGCCUCACGAAAGCAUUACUGCACUAAUGCAUCUAUACGUGGAAAAGAUACAAUUGAUGAAGAAUGCAAGCGCCUUUUGAGAGAUAAAAAUGGAGGAUGCCUCGAAUAUAGAAAUGUAGAUAAAGUUAAAUGCCAUCCAUCCCUUUAUAAAGGAGGUUGCCAUGAAGCCUUUGACAUAGAAGAUCUUGUUAAAAUUGGGCAAGCUGUGAAAGGUUGUUCCUAUUAUGCAGCACGUUCCAUGGCGGAUAGUGCUCAGUUGGUAUUUUGUCCAUAUAAUUACAUUAUCAAUCCAGUUAUACGGGGUGCUAUGAAAGUAAAAAUUAACAGAGCCAUUAUAAUUUUUGACGAGGCUCAUAAUAUAGAAGAUAUUGCUCGUGAUGCUGGUAGUGUGGAUAUUGAAGAAGAAACAUUGCAUAAAUUGAAGGCAGAACUAGAAACCCUGUGCGAAGAGAAUGUUACAGUGUACCAACCUUUGUAUGAAAUGACCCAGGACCUUCUAAGUUGGAUUGAUCAUAGGAAAAAGACGUUGGAAAAGUGUGACUUUCAAGAAUAUGUCUCUUGUUGGACUGGUGAUAAGGCAUUGAAAGAAUUACAAGAAGCUAAUAUUUCCCAACAAUCUUUUCCAAUCUUGCUAGAAUGUGCUGCAAAGGCAAUAGAAGAUGCGUCAGAUACAGAGUCAACAGCUGAAAUACAUUUAACUGGCAUGGCCGUUAUGACACUAGAAGGAUUGUUCUCUUCUCUGACUUAUUUUUUCUCAAGAGAUGGGUUUCAUACGGAUGAUUAUCAGCUUGCUGUACGAAAAUACGUUAAGAAAGAUGCUGGGAAAGCUUUUGGCGACUGGACAUAUACCUUAAGUUUAUGGUGCCUAAAUCCAGCCGUGGUGUUUAAAGACAUUGCUCAAUUAUCUUUGUCAGUUAUUUUGACAUCAGGGACAUUGUCGCCAAUGAAUUCUUUUUCAUCUGAACUUGGUGUUCAAUUUGGAACGAGUCUUGAAGCUGCACACGUAAUUGAUAAUGAAACUCAGGUUUGGUCUGCCAUAAUGUCUUCUGGUCAAAGUAAUUUUCCACUGAAUGCAAGUUAUAAAACAGCAAAUUUAUAUGCUUUCCAGGAUUCACUUGGAAAAUCUUUGGAGGAGAUUUUUAAAGUCGUGCCUGGUGGCUCUCUUGUAUUUUUCCCGAGUUAUAAGCUUAUGGAGAAGCUAAGAAAGCGCUGGUGUGAAACAGGUCAAUGGUCUCAAUUAAAUGCAAACAAGUCCCUUUUUGUGGAACCAAGAGGAGCCAGCCAAGAGGAUUUUGAGUCGGUCUUGAAGGAUUACUACGAUGCAAUUUAUGGUGUCAAUAGACCUCUUUCUGGGAGAAGGAAAAGAAUUAAGAGUUUGAAGAAUAAUGACUUGGCUGCUGCUCAGUGUGCAAACAGUACUAGUACGAAAGGGGCCGCCCUUUUGGCAGUUUGCCGUGGAAAGGUUUCAGAAGGAAUUGAUUUCUCUGAUGACAAUGCCCGGAUGGUUAUAAUUGUCGGCAUCCCAUUUGCCAACGUAAAUGAUAUUCUAGUUUCGCUAAAAAAGAAGUACAACGAUGCACAUAAAGCAUCCAAAGAUCUUCUAAGCGGGAAUGAGUGGUACUGCCAGCAAGCAUUCAGAGCUCUAAAUCAAGCCGCAGGACGUUGUAUCCGCCACAGGUCUGAUUAUGGAGCUAUUAUAUUUCUAGAUGAACGUUAUCAGGAAGAAAGGAACAGAGCAAACAUCUCCAAAUGGCUGCGGAAAUCUAUUAGACAGUACGACAACUUUGACUUGAUAGUAGAAGGAUUAAAAUCCUUUUUCAGCAAUGUCAAGGAACGAGUGAACAAGAAUAUGAUGAAUGCCUUGCAGACUUCCAAUACCAGUUCAGAAAAUGUACUUUCUGCAGAUCAAAUUAAAGGGUCUACAACAAAACGAGAUCAGAACUUUAACAAAUCUGAUCAUUCUGGACAGAAAGAGCUUUCCUUAACAAGGCAUAAUGUCUCCUGUACCUCAUUGAAUUCUCAGGAUGAUAUGGAGCUCCAGACAACUGCAAAACUGAAUGAAGAUGCUGAAAACUGGCAGGAAGUUAUUGACCUAUGUAGUCUUCAAAACGAUUCAAGGUACCGUACAGCUUUAUCCCUGGGAUUCUCCGUUGAAGAUCCAGAAGUAUCCAUUGUCAAGGAGACCCCAUGUGCAGGUGACAGCAUUACAACAGAAAGUCCUAGGUCCUUUUCUAAGGACGUGACCGGCUCAGUUGUUUCAAGACAAUUAUUGUUUGAUCAACAGUCCUCAACUGAUUGGAACAAAAGUUCUCCAGAAGCCCAGUGUCUGACUGAAGUUACUCCUCAGAAGAAUGCUGCUGUGGACACAAGCAGAUCAAUGCUGGAAAUGGAAUCAUCGAACAUUUCAAGUGUUAAUUCUUGUUCCCAGAAACGAAGAAAGUUCAUUUCCUCAUCACUGGUCUGCCUUUUUGAAGGACAGCAUGAUGCUGCCGAUGCGAAUGCUUCUAAUUGUACUAAUGGAGAGCCAAAUGGAAGAAUUGACCUCGGUGUUGAGACUAACUGCGUAGAAGAAAAUUUUAAGUCAGCUGUUGCUCAACUGCUUACCAUGAAUGAUUCUGCAAUGGACAAGAGACUACGUGUUCAUUGCUCACUCUGCAAAACCCCUUUGGGCCUUCCUGGAAAUCAUCAAUAUAUGAUGUGUUAUUUGACUACUUCAUCAAAGAUUCAUUUAGAAUCCCUUCACAAAGAAAUAGUGAAACCUCAGCAUGUUAGGACAUCAAAAGGCAUACCCAUUCUAGUAACAGAUAUUUCGUCGGUCUAUCAACGACUAUUCGAUAGAACUCUUGAAAGUAAUUCAGAACGGGGUAUAUGGUGUGAGAAAGAUGGAUGUGUGUUCAAUACUAUUUUCUGCCCCUUCUGUAGUACGCACGGCAAUUGCCUUGGUGUACAGGUCAUGGCAACUAAUGCAUCAAAUAUUCAUCUUCUUAACAAGAUCUUGUUUUAUGUCGAUCAGCUAGAAAUUGAAAAUCUUGAAGAAUCCAUUAACAAGAAGUCAAAAGGCAAGGAUCCCUUGCCGGUUAGUGCCUCAAGUAUGAAUGAAGUGGGCACUCUGAAAUCCUUUGACAGAUUCUCAUAUACUCCACAAGAAAAUAACUCAGGAGGCUGGAGGUCCACAAAAUCAAAGUUGAAACUACCAAAGAGAGGCUGAAUCUGUAAGACAGAGGAUCAAUGACAGAACUUGUGUCCAUAGCACUUUGUUCCGACGGCGGCGAACGAUGAUGACAUCAACUAACCAAGUCCAUGUCAAGCACUCGGUUUGAGUUUUUGCAGUUUCCCCCAUCAACUAACCAAGACAUUUGACACUUGAUGGCAUUUUAUUUUAUUUUAUAUUUAGGACUCGAGUCACUAACAAUCGAGUUCUACAAAUUCAUAAGAUAGAUGAACAAAAUGUUAAUGUACAUGUUCUAUGUAAUGUGUUAGGAUAGUAUUUUGGUCGUAAAAAUACACGUGUAUAUUUAUAUUUAUAUUCUUUAUAUAUAGCAUGCCAUAUCCGACAUUUUGCUUUGCUGCCUGGAAUUUGUCUCCUGGAAGAGAAGCAACAAACUUUCAACCACCGAAGAUGGAGGAAUUUAAAGCGAUGAUAGUCAAUGCUCCUAGAACUUAUCAAAGACGCGAUAAAGAAGCCAUAGGAAUUGCUUUUUUUUUUUUUUUUGGUGGUUAAAAUCUUCUUC